GAAGAGGUCAAGAACCUCCUCCAGCAGUCAGGUCCCUAUUGCACAAAACUGGACUUUAGUGGAGAGAAUGGCGCAACUAAACUUCCUUAAAACUUGUAGCAUUCAGCACGAAGUUGAGGAACCGUUGACAUCACAGGCUGCCGCUGAGGUCAAAUGAGUCGAAUCCUGUUUACUGGAAGACUUUUGUUAGGAACCUCCAGCAAAAACGCUCGGUACAAGUGUUUCUCUGGGUUGGCGAGGAUGAUGCGAGCGGUGUGUGUCGAUGUUCCCGGAGGCCCGGAGAACUUAGUCCUGAGAAACGUCCCGAGACCUGAACCGAAAGACGGAGAAGUGUUGAUCAAAGUCCACGCGGCCGCCCUCAACCGGGCCGACCUGCUGCAGAGACGAGGCCUGUACCCGCCCCCGCCGGGAGAGAGCGGCCUCCUCGGCCUGGAGGUCGCCGGGACCGUCCAGUCUCUGGGUCCGGGCCUGAAGAUGGGCUGGAAACCGGACGACCGGGUCAUGGCCUUGCUCGGCGGCGGCGGAUACGCCGAGUACGUUCCUGUGCGCGAGGAGCUGGUGAUGCCGGUUCCCUCCAACGUCCCGCUGCGGGAGGCCGCCGCCAUCCCGGAGGCCUGGCUCACCGCCUUCCAGCUGCUGGAACUCAUAGCUCAGGUGAAGGAGGGAGAGGUGGUGAUGGUCCACGCCGGAGCCAGCGGCGUCGGCACGGCCGCCGUCCAGCUGGCCCGGCUGCUCGGCGCCGUCCCCGUGGUCACGGCCGGGAGCCCAGAGAAGCUGGCGGUGGCGCAGGAGCUGGGCGCCGCCGCGGGAUUCAACUACAAGGAAGAACGCUUCGCGCAGGGAGUCCACGACUUCACUGGAGGAAAAGGAGCAAACGUGAUUCUGGACUGCAUUGGUGGCUCCAACUGGGAACAGAAUGUGAGCUGCUUGGCCGUGGACGGCCGGUGGGUUCUGUACGGCACCAUGGGGGGCCGGACGGUGGAGGGAGACCUGCUGGGGAAGCUGCUGUCCAAGCGAGGCCUCCUGCUGAGCAGCCUGCUCCGAUCCCGCAGCCUCCAGUACAAAGCGGAGCUGGUCAAGGCUUUUUCCCAGCGGGUUUUGCCGCAUUUCUCGGCCGGUUCCCCGUCCUUGAGGCCGGUGAUCGACAGCAGCUUCAGCCUGGAGGACGUAGCGGACGCUCACCGACACAUGGAGGCCAACAGGAACAUGGGAAAGAUCAUCAUCAACGUGGUCCCGCAGGAGGACGAGCCUCAGGGGCCGUGAUAUUGCUGAUCAUGGCUUACAGUUUAAGAAAACUCAAAUAUCCUAUCUCAAAAAAUUUGAAUAUUCUGGGAAUCUUUAUCUUAAACUGUAAACCAUAAUCAGAAAUAUUAAAAUAAUAAAAGGUUUGCAAUAUUUCAGUUGAUUUGUAAUGAAUCCAGAAUGUAUGACAUUUUUGUUUUUUUAAUUGCAUUACAGAAAAUAAAGAACUUUAUCACAGUAUUCUAAUUGUCUGAGACAGUCCUGUAUCUGAUUAACGCUAAUGAUCAUACCGUAUUAUUCCUUUAUUUUCACCCCUGGCUAAUAAAAUGGACCAAAUAUAUUAAUAUUUC